AUGACGUUGAGGCCUUCAAAGAGACGUAAGGGCAGGUCUCGUCACUCUGUAAAGAAGCAGAUAACAUCAGCCAUUCUGACCGAGGAAGGAAUAAUGAUUAAGGCCAAACCGUCAAGUCCCUACACGUAUGCAAAUAGAAUGGCAGAUAAACGAAGUCGCAACAGCGUUGAUAACAUUAGCAGAACAAGCUUUCAAAGCAACAGUGAUAACAACAGUAUUUUUGAAACAGCUUCACUAAUUAGCUGUGUAACCUGUUUGAGCGAUACCGAUACAAUAGAUAGAUCGGAAACAUCUACGACCAAUACAAGUAAGGAUGACCUUUCCGCCAAUCCAAAACUUCAUUAUCCGUCAGUGAAUGGGCAACUGCCAGCAAACACCGUUAUACCCUACGGACGAAUCUUGGAUGCCAGAUACAUCGAAAAGGAACCCCUGCAUUAUUAUGACGCAACGUCAUCACCCAGUUCCCCUCUGAACAGCUCUAUUAGCAACGUUAGUGAAAAAUAUGACCUUGGUGAAUUAAACUCUAUCCAACAAACGGAAAAGAAAACUAAGUCAGUAUCACGCGGGAGCAAUAGCAGUAGCAGCCUCAUCUCUUCAAAAUCUCCUUUCACGAAACUAGUCGAAGUCAUAUUCGCAAGGCCAAGGCGACAUGACGUUGUACCCAAAAGGGUUUCACUUUUAAUCGACUACAAACCGCACCCCUCUCCUCAUUUGAACGAAGAUGGUGAUUUGGUUGAGGAAAUCCUGAAGAGAAGCUACAAAAAUACCAGAAGGAACAAAUCCAUAUUCGUAAUUAUUAAUCCGUUUGGCGGUAAAGGUAAGGCCAAAAAGCUGUUCAUGACAAAGGCGAAACCAUUACUAUUGGCUAGCCAGUGCUCCAUAGAAGUUGUUUAUACCAAAUAUCCUGGUCAUGCUAUAGAAAUUGCACGAGAAAUGGACAUUGACCAGUAUGACACUAUUGCUUGCGCAUCAGGUGAUGGUAUCCCUCAUGAGGUCAUUAAUGGGUUAUACCGAAGGCCUGAUCACGUCAAAGCAUUUAACAAACUGGCCAUUACUGAAAUUCCGUGCGGAUCAGGAAACGCAAUGAGUGUAUCCUGCCACUGGACAAACAAUCCCUCAUAUUCAACAUUAUGUUUAAUCAAAUCGAUAGAGACCAAAAUUGAUCUAAUGUGUUGCUCGCAACCUUCUUAUGCCAAAAAGCAUCCAAAGUUGUCAUUUUUAAGUCAAACAUACGGCCUCAUUGCAGAAACUGACAUCAAUACAGAAUUUAUUAGAUGGAUGGGGCCCGCAAGGUUUGAAUUGGGUGUGGCAUUCAACAUUAUACAAAAAAAAAGAUAUCCUUGUGACAUAUAUGUCAAAUACGCCGCCAAAUCGAAAAAUGAGUUAAAAACUCACUACUUAGAAUACAAAAAUAAAGGCUCAUUGGAAUAUCAGCAUAUUGCCAUGAACAAAUGUAAUGAAGACCGUGAUAACUACAAUUAUGAGAAUGAUCAGGAAAUCGAUGACGGAGAUGAUGAAGAAAGCGACGAUGGGGUGGAGGAAGAUGAUCAUUCGGUACUUUGUAAUUCAAUCGACCCUAGUACGGAUCAGAUUAAAGAAGAGAACUUCAAAAUAAAAUAUCCGUUGGAUGAUGGUGUCCCUAGUGACUGGGAAAGAUUGGAUCCCAAUAUAUCAAACAAUUUGGGUAUCUUCUACACGGGUAAAAUGCCAUAUGUGGCUGCCGACACUAAAUUCUUUCCAGCUGCACUUCCUUCAGAUGGUACAAUGGAUAUGGUUAUUACUGAUGCAAGAACGUCAUUAACGAGAAUGGCUCCAAUAUUGCUAGGACUAGAUAAGGGUUCUCAUGUCUUACAACCGGAAGUUCUACACUCUAAAAUUUUGGCAUACAAAAUAAUACCCAAACUGACAAAUGGUUUGUUCUCUGUUGAUGGUGAGAAAUUUCCUUUAGAGCCUUUACAAGUUGAAAUAAUGCCGCGUCUGUGUAAGACAUUAUUGAGAAAUGGGCGCUAUGUGGACACAGAUUUCGAUUCCAUGUGA